AUGGCGGACGAGAAGCCAGAGACGUCAUCAUCGCCCUUUGUGGCGAUGUUUGAAGGCUUCCGUGCAGAGCUAGACGAACACCAUGAUCGACGAGAGAGAAUCAUCAAGGCGUCGCGUGACAUCACCGCGUCGAGCAAGAAGAUUAUCUUCACUCUCCAGAGGGUCCGCGCUGUCGGCCAAGCAGUACCACCGUGGGUCACCAAGAAAAAUGCAGAGUACUGGGAGACUAUUGAAGAUCGUUACAAGAAUAUUGCUGCCGACCUCCAAGGCCUCAACGCUUACCGCUACUCACACAAUAUCACGGGCGGCAACCAAGAAUUCAUGGAAGCACUUAGCUUUCAGCAUUACUUGGAGACACAAUCACUCAUUACGUAUGAUGAAGCCAAAUCCAGAAUUGCUACCAUGAGCGGCGAAGCUGGACCAAUUUCCUUCACGCCAGAAGACUACAUUCUCGGUGUUUGCGAUAUGACCGGCGAGCUCAUGCGUUUCUCUGUCACAAGCAUGGCUACCAACGGCAAGCUACCAUCCGGCAAACAAACAGAGUCAAACAAAAGGCUCAAGCAAGACAGCGAUCAGGAUGACGCUGGCGACAAGAUGGAUAUCGAUGAGCAAGCCCCAGCUGCAACUGAGACCCAGAAGCCACGGACGGUCUUGGAUGAUCUGAGGGCGAUCCGACUUCAACUCGAGAUGUUUGACGCACCGGGAGGUUCAAAAUUUGCAGCAGAGUUAGAGACAAAGAAGAUGCCUGUAAUGCGGGAGUGCGUGGACAAGGUAGAGAAGGGUCUUUACGGCUUGACUGUGCGUGGCAACGAGCGCCCCAAGGGCUGGAUGCCAGAUAUGAGCAGUGCUAGAGAGGUUGAGAGUUACUGA